AACAUGCCCAUUCUAGUAAAGACACAAAACUCUGGUAAAGGUGAUUGGGCUAUUAUAGAGCUUCAAGGCGACCUGGAGGUGAGGAGCAACCAAGAUAUGCACGACCAGUUCAUUGGCGAUCUCUACUACAACAAAUACGGUCAACCUAUUCUCAUCAUAGGCCAUCACAUUCUGCAGGGCCGCGAACAAAAGUUGGAUAAACCAUUUGCUGUGCUCGAAAAGUCCAAGACCAAUGAAGGAGAACGACUCCUCCUCGAUACCAGCAUGGCAUCUCAGGAUGUAAGCAUGAUGAAUGCCACCACAGGAGCGGAGCGCACCGUGCUGGAUCACACGAUUGCUCAGGAGCACAAGAGUCGCCAGAGAACCGAGUACACCGUCCGCGCUGUUUGCACGAAGAAAUUGAUCUUCAAAUCGCGACCCAAACCAAUUAUCGCCAAUGUGGCCAAGUCCGUUUGAAUGGUUCUUUUAAAAAUAUAGUUUUAUUCGCUUUUUAUGAUGGUA